GCCGCGAGCUGAGCCGGCAGCCGGGAGCCGCGCGGCUUAGAGGCAGAGGCGCUCGCAGCUAUGGGCCGGGGGUCCCGGAGAGCUCGGGGGUCGCCGGUGCUCCUGCUGCUGCUCCUGUGGCCGGUGCCAGGCGCUGGGGUGCUUCCAGGAAACACCCCUGGAAAACCAGUCACCGCCCACUGGCUCCUGGAUGGACGACGCUGGCACAUGGUCACCCUGGAGGAGCUGGUCUUGAAGCCAGACUCAGGGCUGGUGGCCUUGGAGGCUGAAGGCCAGGAGCUUGUGCUUGAGCUGGAGAAGAAACACAGGCUGCUGGCCCCCGGAUACACAGAAACCCACUACAGCCCAGAUGGGCAGCCAGUGGUGCUGGCCCCCAGCCACACGGAUCAUUGCCACUACCAUGGGCGCGUGAGGGGCUUCCCUGCCUCCUGGGUGGUCCUCAGCACCUGCUCUGGGAUGAGCGGCCUCAUCGUGCUCAGCAGCAAUGCCAGCUACUAUCUGCGCCCCUGGCCUCCUGGGGACUCCGAGGACUCCUCAACGCACAGGAUCUUCCGGACGGAGCAGCUGCUUACCUGGAAAGGGGACUGUGGCCACAGGGACUCUGGGGACAAAAGGGACAUGGACAGCCUUCCUCGUGCCCGGCAGAGCAGGGACAGGCGAGAGGCCCGCAGGAGCCCGAGGUACCUGGAGCUGUACCUGGUGGCUGACCACAGCCUGUUCUUGACCCAGCAAAGAAACUUGAACCGCACCAAACAGCGUCUCCUGGAGGUCGCCAACUAUGUGGACCAGAUCCUCAGGACGCUGGACAUUCAGGUGGUGCUGAGUGGCCUGGAAGUGUGGACCGAGCAGGACCGCAGCCGCGUCUCGCCGGACGCGAACGCCACGCUCUGGGCUUUCCUGCAGUGGCGCCGGGGACUGUGGGCGCGGCGGCCACACGACUCGGCGCAGCUGCUCACGGGCCGCGCCUUCCGGGGCGACACCGUGGGACUGGCGCCCGUCGAGGGCAUGUGCCGCGCCGAGAGCUCUGGAGGCGUGAGCACGGACCACUCGGAGCUCCCCAUUGGCGCCGCGGCCACCGUGGCCCACGAGAUAGGCCACAGCCUGGGCCUCAGCCACGACCCCGACGGCUGCUGCGUGGAGGCCGCGGCCGAGCAAGGCGGCUGCGUGAUGGCGGCGGCCACCGGGCACCCGUUCCCGCGCGCGUUCAGCGCCUGCAGCCGCCGCCAGCUGCGCGCCUUCUUCCGCAAGGGGGGCGGCGCGUGCCUCUUCAAUGCCCCGGGGCCGGGGCUGCUGGUGCCGCCUGCGCGCUGCGGGAACGGCUUCGUGGAGGCAGGCGAGGAGUGCGACUGCGACCCCAGCCAGGAGUGCCGGGACCUCUGCUGCUUCUCUCACAACUGCUCUCUGCGCGCGGGGGCCCAGUGUGCCCACGGGGACUGCUGCACGCGCUGCCUGCUGAAGCCAGCAGGUGUGCUGUGCCGCCAGGCGGCAGGGGACUGUGACCUUCCUGAAUUCUGCACGGGCGCUUCCCCCAACUGCCCCCUGGACAUUUAUCUACUGGAUGGCUCGCCCUGCGCCAGGGGCCGUGGCUACUGCAGGGAUGGCGCGUGUCCCACGCUUGAGCAGCAGUGCCAGCAGCUCUGGGGGCCUGGUUCCCGCCCAGCACCAGAGGCCUGUUUCCAGGUGGUGAACUCUGCAGGAGACCCUCGUGGGAACUGUGGCCAGGACAGUGAGGGCUACUUCCUGCCUUGUGCACAGAGGGAUGCUGGGUGUGGGAAGCUGCAGUGUCAGGGUGGAGAGCUGAGCCCACUCGCCCCACACAUGGUGCCGGUGGACUCCACCGUUCACCUAGAUGGCAGCGAGGUGACCUGUCGGGGAGUCUUUGCACUCCAAGGUGCCCAGCUGGAUCUGCUUGAUAUGGGCCUCGUAGAGCCAGGCACACAGUGUGGACCUAGCAUGGUGUGCCAGGACAGGCGCUGCCAGAACACGACCUUCCAGGACCUGGAGCACUGCCUGACCACCUGCCAUGGCCAUGGGGUUUGUAAUAGCAACCAUAACUGCCACUGUGCUCCAGGCUGGGCUCCACCCUUCUGUGACAAGCCCGGCUUUGGCGGCAGCAUAGACAGCAGCCCUGUGCAGCCUGAAAGCCAUGACACCUUCCUGCCAGCCAUGCUCCUUAGCUUCCUGCUGCCUCUGCUCCCUGGGGCUGGCCUGGCCUGGUGCUGCUACCGACUCCCAGGAGCCCAUCUCCAGCGAUGCCCCUGGGGCUGGAGGAGGGACCCCACAUGCAGCGGGGACCACCCCCUGUGCAGUGUUCGCCCUACGGACUUGGGCCCCACAGCCACCAGAGAGCCCCGGCCCAUGGACCCUGAGAACCCUGCCAGAGCCCAACAGCCUCCCUGAGAAGCCUGGGCCCUGUAGCCCCACCUGACCCCCAAGCAGGUCAAGUCCAGAAGCC